AUGAAUUAAAGUGAAUCAAAUGAUUUAUUAACAAUGAAAAGAGAAAAAUUUAGAAUCUAAAUAAGACAUUAAAAAUUAACAGAGGAAUUUAAAAAAAAAAGAAGGUUCUAUAAAUAUGAAUAAACAAAAAAUGAUUUUCUACAUAAAAUUUGUGAUGAAUUAGUUCAUUACUAAUUUUAAGAGUAGUUAAUUGAGGAAGACCUUAAUAAUAUUAAGUUAUUACUAAAAGUACUAUAAAAAGCCUUAGAAGAUGAAUAAAAUGUUGAUUAUUGGGUGACUGAAAAUAUAGUAAAAAAAUUUAGGUAAUAAAUUACAUAAUGUCAGAUUUCUUAUUAAUCUAUCUAAAAGGGAUAGUGAAUUUCAAGAAAUUAAUGCUACUUUAAUUUAAAGUGUUUUUUAUUAUUUAAACAGAGAGGAUUAUUAAAAAUUUGCAGAAUUAGAUGAUAUCUUAUUAUUGUAAUACUUGUAAAAUAAUAUAAAAGAAGAGUUAUUUGAAAUAUUUCCAUAAGUAAGUGUUUAAAAUCAUAUUAGACUUUAAAUUGUAUAUAUUUUUUAGCUUAAGAAAAAUAGACAUAUAGAGAUUUCUUAAUAUAAAAUGAUUUUGAAUUUUUAACUUAAUUAAUGGUACUUGAUCCUUAUAGACAAUUUUCUGAAGUUAUUUUAGCUUUAAUAGGUUCAGCUUUUACUUUUAGUUUGGAAAUAAACAUUGAGAAAAUUAAAUCAAUUAAAGAAUAUGUAAUAAAGUCUUACUUUGAUGAAAGUUAAGCUAUAAGAAGAUUAGCAUUGGAAAUUCUUGAGGAAAUUCCUUCAAAAUUAUCAUUUGAAAAUAAUUAUACUUAUGCAGAUGAAAUACUCUCAUCUCCAAUGUUCUUAAAAUUAUAUGAUACAGCUUUAAGAACAAAUUAUGAUUUUUUAUCUUUAAAAGUUGUGCUUAUAUAUUUUGGAAUUAGUGAAUAAUUUUAUGAAAAGGAACUUGUUAUUUAUAAGAAAGUAAUAAACUCUAAUCUUCAAUCACAAGACCUUAAUAGAGCUUUAAGAAUCUAAUUAUUUUGGGCUAUUUCAAAUAAAAUUCAUAAUAAGGAAUUUAUGCUUAGAUUAUUAGAUUCUUAAUUAUUGGAUUAGAUUUUUGGAUAAAGUUUUGAAUUCUCAGAUAAUGAAGCUCUUGAAUUCUCUUAUGUGAUUUUAAAUUUCUCUAUUUUGGUAUUAAUCAUAUAUUAUAUUAAGUGUAAUGAAGAAUAAAUAUCAAAAUUAAUAAAAAUAGGAUUGUUUAAUAUAUGUAAUAAUUUAUUUUCAAUGGAAACACGAUCUAUAAAAAUAGAAGAACAUACUUUAAAAGCAUUACUUAAUAUUAUACAUAAGUUAUGUGAUACUUAAGAUGUUAAUAAUGAAUUAAUUUUACCAUUUUAAGCAGUAUUAAAAAUGAUUGAAAUAAGUGGAAUUGUUAAUAAAGUAAAGGAAAGUAAGAUUGAUGAUAGAUUAAUAUAAGAUUUUGAUGUUUAUUUUUGA